GGGUGGAGGGCGGACUUUCUGUCCUGCCUGCCUGCCUGUCCUCUUUGGCUUGUCUGAUAUCUUUCCUGCCUGGAUUCUCCAGCUGUCUUGUCAGGACAUAUCAAUAUCACAUACACACUCUCUCUCACACAAUCCCCCUUUUAUUUCAUUCAUCUCCUUCACUACACUUCCACACUCCUAUACACACACUAUCGUGUCUCUCCUAGCUGGGUCCGGACUGCUCUCUCUUGCCUGUCUCUUGCACGCGCAUCUCUUCCUUCUCACCAGUCCGGAACCGCAAAGAAAGAUGCCUCCUCGCAUCCUCCGUCCGCCUCCUCGCAGACGCCCUGAAGAGCCAACGCUAAACUGGCCUUUUCCAGAAAACACCCCCGUGAGCCCGCAGGCCCUGGACCAGGCCGACCGUCUGCAGUGGCUCACCUCGAGCAACAGAGGCUCGGCUGGCUACUCGGACGGCGGCGGCAUGCCGUCCAACUACGGCCAGCCUGGCUACGGGUCAGGCCUCGCCACCUCCAGGCGCCAGUCCACGGAAGCGUAUCCUGGCAGCUACCAGUACGGCCUGUCUUCUCCUCAGAAUAGGCAGCGAGCAAACCCCCAGGUGACGACCGGCUACCUUGUGCCGUAUCCAAGACGGCAGAAUGAUGGUGCCGACAGCAACAGCGGCAGUGCUAAUAAUACCACUGCUAAUACCAACGCCAUCAACACCAUCCACAGCGGCGGUUUCAACUAUGAUAGCUUGGCCAGACUGCAGGGAUCCAGUCCGCCUGACUUGACCAGUCUCGCAGAGCCCGUUCCCAGCUUCUACCCGCCAUCCGUACCUGAUGUGAAUGAUACCAACCAGGCCUUCAACCACCCCAUGGGUGGAUAUCAGGCUAUCAAUGAUGCUAUGGUCAGCACCCAGGCAGGGCGGCCUGACUACGACACCCCUGACCUCAUGUUGGGACAGCAGCUCGCACAGAGACAGGCAAGCCAGGAGCCAGGAUCGUCACUUGCGUUCUCUGCUGCAUCGCCUACAACGCCCCAGCAAGCUCACCAGGAUACCAGACCCAUUCUUCCAUUAGGGCCAGCGGGCCCGCGAUUAUCUGCUGGUGACAUACAUGAGAUUAUGGGUUCGGCCAUGGACUUUAGCUCCUCUCCAGAUGCGCCCCAGGAAUCAGAAAUGCAAGAUCAGGACCAGGACCAGGAUCAGGACCAAGAUCAGAGCCAUGGCCAGAGUCAGAGUCAGGGUCAGAGCCAGGACUCAGAGACAUUCGGCUACUCGAUGAACCCUUCAUUAGCGGUGCCAACAACUCCGGCCCAGCGUCGCCGUAGUGCCCAAGACAUGGCCUCUUCCGAGCACGAGUCUGCUCCUCACCAAGGGCAAAUAGGCAGUGAUGGCCUGACUCAACGCCGAGUCCGUAUGAGAACUCUGCGUGUAUCUCCUGCAUCGUCUACCCAGCAACCGUCUCCAACUGGUUCUCAAAUACAGCCUAAUCCAGCAGCCUCAUCUGCUGCCAGCACCGCUACUUCCAGCCCCCAGAGGCUACAAGAGCCUGUUUUUACCGGCUACAGACCUCGCUACACCAACGACGAAAUCCUCAACUCGCAGCACCUUUCCAGCUACCUGGCCGCUAUGAACAGAGGGCUCGCGAGAUCCAUGAGUACGGAUCAACGCCUCCAGAUACUCCGCCAGUACCAACGUCGGGGGCAACUUGGACAAACACCUACCAACGUCCGCCCGCCAGCGCCGAUGAUAGGGCUGGAUGUCGAGAUCGAUGGCCGCCCGGAGCCCAAGGAUUCAGCUAGCCUGACGGUCAAUAUGGAAUGCAAAGUAUGCAUGACACAGCUUGUUGACACCGCGCUUAUCCCCUGCGGUCAUGCGGUUCUCUGUAGAUGGUGUGCAGAGCAGCAUAUCAUGCCGAAGCCGGGACAAAUUGGCCGUGCAGCGCCGCUGCCAACCUGUCCCGUGUGUCGAACGACAAUUAAACAGAGAGUAAGCCUCCGCUUUUCCCCCCUGUGUUUCUACGCAAGAUGUAACCAAUUGGCUGACUGUUUCAAUCUGCAGCUUCGGAUAUUUAUCUCCUAGCCGCCGACGUAGUCAAAACUAAUUAACCGAACAGUCUUUGCCUGUCUGCCUUUUUUUU